UGUCACGGCAGCGGGUCCACACUGUCCGCUUCUUCUGUUCGGCAGACAUGGAGCUGGAGGAGCCCACGGUCACGGAGCUGUCAUUCAGCGCCGUGCUGUAGCCGAGCAGCAGCAGGAGGAGGCUUUUUGUCGUCAGUGUCAGUGUUAUUACUGAGGUGGGAGGACCGCAGCAGGAGACCACACAAUCGUGACAGCGGAGGCCGUUUGUGGACAUCGAGCGGCUUUUUUUGUGUCCUCUAUCAUGGCGAGCGACUCUCCAGCUCGGAGUCUGGACGAAAUCGACCUGUCCGCUUUAAGGGAUCCGGCUGGAAUUUUUGAAUUGGUUGAGCUUGUUGGAAAUGGCACCUAUGGACAGGUGUACAAGGGUCGCCAUGUUAAGACGGGGCAGCUGGCAGCCAUCAAGCUCAUGGAUGUCACCGGGGAGGAGGAAGAGGAGAUUAAAGCAGAAAUUAACAUGUUGAAGAAAUACAGCCACCAUCGAAACAUCGCCACCUACUACGGCGCUUUCAUCAAGAAAAACCCUCCCGGCAUAGAUGACCAGCUUUGGCUGGUCAUGGAGUUCUGUGGUGCUGGCUCAGUCACCGACCUGAUCAAGAACACCAAGGGCAGCUCUCUGAAAGAGGAGUGGACCGCUUACAUCUGCAGAGAGAUCCUCAGGGGUCUGACUCAUCUCCAUCAGCAUAAGGUCAUCCACAGAGACAUCAAGGGUCAAAAUGUUCUGCUGACUGAGAACGCAGAGGUCAAACUAGUGGAUUUUGGUGUUUCGGCCCAGCUGGACAGAACAGUAGGAAGGAGGAACACAUUUAUCGGGACGCCAUAUUGGAUGGCACCAGAAGUCAUUGCCUGUGAUGAGAACCCGGAUGCCACUUACGACUUCAAGAGUGAUUUAUGGUCACUGGGGAUCACAGCAAUAGAGAUGGCUGAAGGAGCUCCACCACUGUGUGACAUGCAUCCAAUGAGAGCGCUCUUCCUUAUCCCACGAAACCCCGCCCCCAGACUCAAGUCCAAGAAAUGGUCGAAAACGUUCCAGUCGUUCAUUGAAAGCUGUCUGGUAAAGAGCCACAGUCAGAGACCCAGCACGGAGCAGCUCCUCAAACACCCGUUCAUCAGGGAGCUGCCCAACGAGAGGCAGAUCCGCAUCCAGCUGAAAGAUCACAUCGACCGCACCAAGAAGAAGAGAGGAGAGAGGGAUGAAACAGAGUAUGAAUACAGUGGCAGCGAAGAGGAGGAUGAAGAAAGAGAUAUGGGUGAACCAAGUUCCAUCAUCAACAUCCCUGGAGAGUCUACACUCAGGCGGGACUUCCUGCGCCUCCAGCUGGCCAAUAAAGAGCGUUCGGAGGCACAGCGGCGGCAGCAGCUGGAGCAGAAGCAGAAUGAGGAGCACAAACGCUUACUGUUGGCUGAGAGACAGAAGCGUAUUGAGGAGCAGAAGGAGCAGAGGAGGCGACUAGAAGAGCAGCAACAGAGAGAGCAUGAGCUCAGGAAGCAGCACGAGAGGGAACAGAGGAGGCGCUACGAGGAAAUGGAGCACCUUCGUCGAGAGGAGGAGAGGAGGCAUGCAGAGAGAGAACAGGAGUAUAUCCGUAGACAGCUGGAAGAGGAACAGAGGCAGUUAGAGAUUCUCCAGCAGCAGCUCCUACAGGAACAGGCGUUACUGCUGGAGUACAAGCGUAAGCAGAUAGAGGAACAGCGGCAGGCGGAGAGACUACAGAGGCAGCUCCAGCAGGAGAGAGCAUACCUGGUGUCUCUACAGCAGCAACAGCAGCAGCAACAACAGCAGCAACAGCAGCAGGAGGGAUGGCAGGCAGACAAGAAGCAGCUUUACCACUACAAAGACGUCAUCAAUCCAAAUGACAAGCCUGCAUGGGCAAAAGAGGUCCAGAAGCAGCAGCUUGCUCAUGGUAACCUGCCCUGCCCCCACCUACAACAUCACCAGUCUUUCAACCAACCAGCUUCAUCCCUUGCCUCCCAAGGCCAGACUAGACAGCAAGUUGCUAAACAAACCACCUCCCAUGGUGUCCAGAUCCCCCAUAUCCGUAUUUCAUUAGACCCCGGGAAACCUUUAGAUGUGGGCCUGAAGCAGGAGAUAAGUCAUCAGGUUAGAGAGGUUAGGUCUCAGAAACUCACUCAGAGGUCUGGGAGCCCAGGACAAAACCAGGUUGCCAGCCAGGGUCCCAACAAGGGUCCUAGUCAGAGCCAUAAAGAGGAUGUUAAUCAAAGACCGGUCAGUCAGGCUAAUCAAGUACCUACCCAUUUUCCACAGGGGCCUAGUGUUCAGAAACAGAAACCUAGGGGCAGGCCUCUCUCUGCUCCUAGUCAGGCAGCUAUCCAGGAACUAAUGUCGAUGGACUCAAGUCAACCUCGGGGUCAGUCCCCAGGACAUAUCCAGAAACCUCAGCCUUCAUCAAACCAUGUUCCCAUUCCUGCAGUGAGACUGGUGGAGGAGCGAUCGAAGCUGAACAGACAAAGCUCCCCGGCUCUGCAGCACAAAGUGUCCAAUCGCAUCUCUGACCCCUCCCUCCCUCCCCGCUCCGAGUCCUUCAGCAGUGGUGCCGUGCCGCCUGCCCGCACCCCACCUGUUCACCGCUCCUUCGAGCCACAGAUGGCUCAUCUUGUUCCAGUGAAGACCCACACCACCAUGUCUGGCUCUCAGUCACUCCAAGACCAGACCGGCUCAGCUCUGAGUGAAGUUGUUAGUACCAGCUCUCCCAGACCUGAAAUGCCUCGGCAGAACUCUGAUCCCACUUCUGACACCCCCACACCCUCUCAGAGUAUUACUGGCCGGGAUGACCGUGAGAGGGACUGGGAUCGGGAUCGGGACAGGAACACCUGGCUGAGAGAGGAGGACAUGCCACCCAAGGUUCCACAGAGGACAACGUCCAUCUCCCCAGCACUUGUUAGGAAGAACUCCCCUAAUGGAGGAGUGAGUCUGGGCCCUCGUGCAAGUUCUCAGCUCAUACGUGCCAGUAACCCAGACCUGCAUCGGUCAGAACUCUCUCUGGAUGCCAUGCUUCAUCGAUCCUCCUCCAACUCUUCCUCAUCCUCCUCCCCUUCAUCUCAGGGAGGCUCAGCGGAGAGAGGUCAAACUAAGCAGCAAGAAUCCUCUCCGGGAGCCAGUCAAGAGGAAAAUGCCAAACAGGAGGAUGGCCGGGAAUCAGCUAGACCCAGCAGACCUGCAAGUUAUAAGAAAGCCAUAGAUGAGGAGGAGCUGGACCUAAGUGCACUGGCAAAGGAACUCAGAGAACUGAGGGUGGAGGAGGGUACCAGACCUCCUGUGAAGGUGACAGACUACUCAUCAUCCAGUGAGGAAUCGGAGAGUAGCGAUGACGACGGCGAGACGGUGGGCCAAGAUGGGACUGUCGCUGUUAGUGACAUCCCCCGCAUCAUGCCAGCGGUGCAGAGCGGUAGCGAGUCCUACAGAGGGCUGACAGAGGUCUUGGAAGAGGCCUAUAAUAACUCCAAGGACAGCACUCUAGCUGUGAGAGAGGUGAGGACACGACAGGGAAGAGGUAGCCAUGCUGAAAGCAAUGGGUUUAGGAAUCAUGGUAACCAUGGUAAUCUUCCUGACCUGGUGCAGCAGAGUAAUUCUCCCUCGGCCAAUCCCACGAGCGCAUUGGAGGAACUGAGCAACAUGGCUGAGGUUGGUUGUGGGGGAUCCAAAUCAUCCUUCACCCCAUUUGUCGAUCCACGGGUGUAUCAGACCUCCCCGAGCGAAAAUGACAGUGAGAAUUCUGCAGCAGCCAUGUUUGCUAAUGAGCUGCUGCGGCAGGAGCAGGCCAGAACUAAACCGAAGCCAGGAAGAUCUCUGUGGUUCAACGUCAACCCGACUAACAUCAGACCACACAGCGACACGCCCGCGAUCCGAAAGUACAAGAAACGAUUUAACUCUGAGAUCCUGUGUGCUGCACUGUGGGGUGUGAACCUGCUGGUGGGGACCAGAAAUGGUCUAAUGCUGCUUGACCGAAGUGGACAGGGUAAAGUUUCAACCUGAUCACCAGGCGCACGUUUCCUACAGAUGGAUGUGCUGGAGGGACUGAAUGUGCUGGUCACUAAAUAUCUGGUAUGUCCAUCCAAUGUGUCCAGGCAAAAGAACAAGCUGCGUGUUUACUACCUGUCCUGGCUGAGGAACAGAAUCCUGCACAACGAUCCAGAGGUGGAGAAGAAGCAGGGGUGGAUUACAGUCGGGGCUGAAGGCUGUGUGCAUUAUAAAGUUGUAAAAUAUGAGAGGAUUAAGUUUCUGGUGAUUGCUCUGAAGAACUCUGUGGAAAUCUACGCCUGGGCUCCAAAACCGUACCACAAGUUCAUGGCCUUUAAGUCAUUUGCUGAAUUGCAGCAUCGGCCCCAGUUGGUUGACUUGACUGUUGAGGAAGGUCAGAGGUUAAAGGUAAUCUACGGUUCCAGUGUGGGCUUCCAUGUGAUCGAUGUGGACUCAGGCAACCCUUACGACAUUUACAUUCCCUCACAUAUCCAGAGCCAGGUGACGCCGCACGCGAUUGUGGCUCCAAAGACAGAUGGAAUGGAGAUGCUGCUGUGCUAUGAGGACGAGGGUGUCUACGUCAACACCUACGGUCGGAUCACAAAGGACGUGGUGCUGCAGUGGGGCGAGAUGCCUACCUCUGUUGCUUAUAUCCAUUCUAACCAUAUGGGAUGGGGUGAAAAGGCCAUAGAAAUCCGCUCUGUGGAAACAGGCCACCUGGACGGAGUCUUCAUGCACAAAAGAGCUCAGAGACUGAAGUUCCUCUGUGAGCGCAACGACAAGGUGUUCUUUGCAUCAGUGCGUUCUGGAGGAAGCAGCCAAGUUUUCUUCAUGACCCUCAACAGAAACUCCAUGAUGAACUGGUGAUGCCCCCCCCCCCCCAAAUUGGCUGGCAUAGCUCCAGCCAGCUCAGCUCACGGUACACAAUUGAUCGAAGCAAUCUGUAACACUGGAGAGACUGAAAACAAUAUCAUUUAAAAUAAAUAAAUAAAUAAAAUUGUAGGGGGACAAAAAAAAAUCCUGACACAAAGACAGAAUCUAAACCAAGAGACAUCGAGUCACGCAGAAGCAUCAAUUCUUAAAUGACUGGCAAACUGAUGCCACCAACUUUCCACAUAUUCUCUUCCUCUCUGUGUGUCUUGCUUUGGUUUUUUGUGUGUGAUUUCUUUCCAAA